AUGGGCUUCCAAAUGAUGAUCACUAUUGGAAUCCUAGGGGAAAACAUUAUCAACUACUUUACUUCUAAUCUUGAGAGUGGAUGGAGAAUUUCUUUGGGUAUCAGAGUUGUCCCUGCAAUUCUGUUGUGUAUAUGUUCUUUUUUCUUAGGUGACACGCCAAACUCUAUGAUUGAAAGGGGGAAAAAAGAAGGAGCUAAGAAAAUGUUGCAAAAUAUUCGUGGCUUUGAUAAUGUUGAUGAGGAGUUCCAAGAUCUAAUUGAUGCUAGUGAGGAAGCCAAAAAGCAACUCACAAGCAUCAAUGUUAUCAUGUUUUAUGCCCUUGUCCUUUUCAAAACUCUUGGCUUUGGAAACAAUGCUUCCCUCAUGUCUGCAGUAAUUACCAGAGGUGUCAAUGUUCUUGCUACUUUUGUUUCCAUCUUCAUUGUGGACAAUUUUGGAAGAAAGAUUUUGUUUCUUGAAGGUGGUGUCCAAAUGUUUAUUUGCCAGAUUAUUGUUAGAAGCAUGAUUGCUAUCAAGUUUGGAGUUAGCAGUGAAGGCUCAUUUACACAUAUUGAAGCUAAUCUUCUUUUGUUCUUCAUAUGUUUGUAUGUUUCCGCAUUUGCGUGGUCUUGGGGUCCAUUGGGAUAG